UUGGUAAGCGUUGCCUAUUGCGCAUGCGCGUGUGGGGAAGGUGGGGCCGCCGCCUCGCUCGGUCUUGCCAUGGCGAUCCUUCGUAAUGCCCAACGAAUCAUGAAGUUCGUUACUAAUGGACCCUCUUUCGACAGUGUAAUGACGAAGGUGGAGGUGGUUGCUGCAUCUCAUGGUAAGUGUAGGUGUGAGGUGACGUUGGAUGAGUCCCACCUCAACCGCGGGGGGUCUCUUCACGGAGGUUUCACAGCCACUCUGGUGGACAGUGUGUCCACUGUGGCUGUCAUGUGUGCUGACAAACCUCCCGGAGUGAGUGUCGACAUGAACAUCACGUACCUGAGUCCAGCGAAGGAGGGAGACAUAAUAGAGAUCGACGCCGAGUGUCUCAAGGUCGGGAAGACGUUGGCCUUUGCCACAGUCGACAUCCGCAACAAGUCCAACGGAGACAGACUGGUAGCUCAGGGGAGGCACACAAAACAUAUUGCACAACAAUCAUGA